AUGACGGAAUAUUAUGCGGACCCUGGAACUGGUGUAGUUUAUCAAUUAAUGUACCCGGUAAGCAUGAAAAUUCCUCUGGAAACAUUUAUUGAUAAAAAUAUAAUUUCAGAUGCCUCAAAUGGCACCUCCGCCCUUUUACCCUGCUGAACCAGUUCAACAUAUUCCUGUGCCAGUUCCUGACAAUCCGGCCGCGAUUACAAUUCCAGUUUCGUGUGGACAUGUGGCAGCGAAAAUGCACUUGGAGCUGUUCAUUUGUCCCGGAAUUCAUAGGCCGUGUAUUGAAUUAGAUGGUGAGGACUGAAAAUUGAAAAAGAAGAUAAAUAAUGGAAUCCCGAGAAUUUUGAGAAGUAGAUUAAGGGAAUUUUCACAGAACCUUUUCCAAUGCAAAACCGCUGCUGCAGAAAAAUUCAACCCUUGCUCAAAGUUGGAGGGUUGGGCCAAAAUGGCAAGGUUCCGCACGCUUUUUAUAGGUAGAUCAAAACAUAUUAGGAGUCAGAAACUCACAAAUGCGUACCUUUUUAAACUUGUGAUUUUGGCUAAAUUCAAAAAGUGAUAUUUCAUAGAUGUUUGUUGAAUUGAAGUUUAGGGUUUUUGAUAAAUUUCAACUUGCUGGUCACAAUUGUCAAAAACUUCUUAAGAACUGCGAAUAUGAGUCAUGGAAAUAACUUUUUACUUAUUUUUUUAAAAGUUCGGUAUUUAUUUAUGAAAAAAUAUAUAACCUGAUUGUGAAAUUAUCUCUAACUUACACAAAAUUCUUAAAUUUAGGCGAACUCCUGACUCCAAAACAAUUCACAAUUCGUGCCGACAAAGAAAAACAAAAAGAUUGGAAAGGCUCAAUUCGAAUCGGAAAAACCACAUUGAGAUGUCAUAUGGACGCAAAAACUAUCGAUUUUCAUAAUCACGCGAAUAAUUGUAGUGGAAAAUGUCAAAGUAGAAAUUAUCUGAAUAGUUUUGAAGAUCGAACUGAUGAAUUUCAAUUGAAAAAAGAGCGAAAAUCAGCGAUUUUAAGAAAAGAAUUGGGUGAAUUGACGAAAGAAUUUGUUGAGGGAACUGGAGAUGUUGAAAAACAAAAUGAAGUUGAAUCUGUGAAUAUGGAUAGAAAUCUAGGUGGCGAACAGAACCCGGAAGAAAAUCUAGAAGAUGUUGACUAUAAAAAUGUUGAAAGAUCGAUUAUGAAGAAAACUCGAGGAAGACCAAAAGGAAGCAAAUCGAAGAAGUUGGUUUUUUUUCUGGAUUUCCAUCUUGAAAUCUUUUUUAUUUUCAGACUUGAUAAAUCAAUUGAUAUUGAUCCAAAUGAUUCAAUCGAUGAUGAUUUAUUCGAAACUUCAUGUUCAAACUAUAGUUCAGGACCAGUUACGCCUGGUUGCACACCUUAUAAUGUCAUUAUGGAAUGCUUGAAAAAUGGUGAGAUUUUCAGAAAUUCUUCAGUACUAAUCGGGCGAGAAUUUUUAUUAGCUACCCGCCCAAAUCGAAAUUUUGAUUCGGGCGUGAAUUCAAAAUUUCCAAAAUGAUCCUCGCCCCCCUCUCGAAAAUUUUUUCCAAAUGUCACGAUCUCUCCCUCACAGUUUUGGGAGAGACUUCUGAAAUGGAAUUUUUGCACAAUUUCUGUGCUUGAAAAAAUUUUGAAAUGUUAGAAAAUCUGGAAAUUCCUAUUUUCUUUCUGGAAAAAUUCCCGAACUGCAAUUUUUCUCUGUAUAUUACAAUGAUAUUUCCAAAAACAAGCCAAAUCCACGUGUCAAAAUUCAAUUUUUAAAGUCACAAAACCAAAAGCCAGGUGUAAAAAUUUUUUGAAAUGUAUACUUUUUGGUGUCAAAUAUUGUGAUUUGGUUCUACUAUUUGUGCCAGAAAAAAAUUUUGUAAAAAAUUUAAUCUGAAAUUAGUUUUGAAAAUGUAUAAUUUCUCAAUUUGUUCCAUGUUUCUUCAAAACAUUUUUCAGAUCCUAUGCAAUUUUGGGGCCAAAUGCAUGCAACUGGUGUGAUUUCCGAAUUCUGUGAUGAUAUAAUUGUUUCAGCAAUUAAUAUGAAGCAAUCAGUUCUAACAAUGUCUGAAAUUUCAGAUAAUGGUAAGAAUAUUUCCCACAGGUUCCAGAUUUCUAGCAAAAUAUACAUAUUUUCAGCAUCAAAUUGUCUUUCUCGCUCUAUUUUCGCACUUGGAAUUCAAUCCCUGAUUGUUCAACGAGUUCAAGCAUUCGAAAAACAUCAUUAUAAUCAGAAAAAUGGUGAGAAAAAAGAUGAGGAAAGUCCAGACAAAACUAUGUAA